AUGGAGCAGAUGCGGACGGAAAGGCGGGCGGCGGAGAGGGAAGCGGAGCGGAGGGGGAGGGAGGUGCGGAGGCUUGAAGAGCGGAUGGAGAGUGGGGAGAGGGAGAGGCGGAUUCUCAUGGGGGAGGUAGAACUGGUGAAGGCGCAACUGCGGAAGGUGAGAAUGAUGGUGGAGGAAGAGAGGAGGGUGAUGAGUCUAGAGGCGGAGAGGACUCUCAUGGGGGAGGUGAAUCUGGUGAAGGCGGAACUGGAGAAGGUGAGACUGAUGGUGGGGGAAGGGGGAGGGGUGGUGAUCCGAGAGCAGGAGAGGAUUGAGGGUGAAGGGGUGGAAAGAGUGAGUGUGGAUGGUUCGGAGGGUGAGAGGAAUCGGGGAAGAGGUUUUGCAGCUUUGGACGGGUUUGGUCAGAAGGUGGGAGUAGGUGGGGAGAAUAAGAGGGCGAAAAAUGAGGAGACGAAGCGUGGGAGGGAGGAGGAGGAGGAUAGGCAUAGGGAACAAGGAAGUGAGGGGGACAGGCGGAGAGUGGGAGAUAAGGAGGAGAGGCAUAAGAGGGCGGAGAAUGAGGAGGGGAGGCAUGGGAGGUGGGAGAAUGGGGCAGUUAGGAGCAGAGGGAAGAAGAAUGAGGGGAAUGAGAAGGAUAGGCAUACGAGGGCAGGGAGAGAGGAGGUCAGGCCGCAGGGUGUUGACAGCUGCUCCUCAAUUUUAAGACGUUUCGUGGCUGUUGAGAAUUCAGUGGAGGAGGGUGGUCGAGGUGACAGCAGCAGUGGGAUGCAGCAGGAACUGAAGAGCUGUUAUCAGCAGCUGAGUGUUGACAGGUCCUCCUCGGUUUCGGGACGUCUCAAAGCUUUGAAGCAUUUAGUGGAGGAAGGCGGUCGAGGCGACAGCAGCGGUGGGGUACGGCAGGGGCUACUGAAGGGCUAUCAUCAGCACCAGAGUGUUGGCAGCUGCUCUUCGGUUUUGGGGCGUUUCAAGGCUGUGGCGCAUUCAGUGGAGGAGGGUGGUAGAGGCGACAGCAGCGGCGGGGUGAAGCAGGAGCAUCCGAGUGACUCUUGUCUGCAACGGAGUGCCCAAAGCAGCUCCCGCAGUGAAAGCAGAGGCGGCAGCAGCAGCAGUGGGAUGGAGCGGGAGCAUCUGAGGGAACAGCUGUGGCAGCACGCUGAGAGCAGCUCUUGCAAUGCAGGGAGAGGCGGCGGCAGCAGCAGCAGCAGGACCAGCAGCAGCAGCAGCGGGGUGGAUCAGGCGCGGAUAAUCGAUUAUCACAAUCAGCAGAGCACUGAGAGCCGCUCUUGCACUGCAGGCCGAGGGAGUAGCAGCGGUGUAGAGCAGGAGGAGCAUGGGACUGGGUAUCACAAGCAGCAGAGUGCGGAUAACAGCUCUUGCAAUGCAGGCAGAGGCGGUAGCAGCAGUAGCAGUGUGGAGCAGGAGCAGCGGAGCGUGUGUCUUGGUUCGAUGCAUAGUGACGCGGGGAAGCUCUGUCUCUAUCAGUGCUCGAAUGAGUGCAGAUUAGAUCGUGAUUUUCAAGGGAGCAGGGUGGAGCAGGUUUCGCAUGUGAGCAGAGCAGAGCUUGAUUCGCGUGGGAGCGGAAAAGUUAUUGAUUUACCUGGGACACCUGGAGCACCUGGGGCACCUGAGGCCCCUGAGGCACCUGGGGCACCUGCAGCACCUGAGGCACCUGCAGCACCUGAGACACCUGCAGCACCUGAGACACCUGCAGCACCUGAAUUCACGAGUGCUACUCUUGAUUCUUCUUGGAGCAGUGUUUCCAUCCUGAGAGCGAAUUUGGCAGCACUAGCAGCAAAGAGGGCGCAUGCAGUGGGGGAGUGUGCUGAGUCACCUGCGGCACCUCCGUUCACGAGUGCCACUCUUGAUUCUUCUCGGAAUGGUGCUGCCAUUCUGAGAGCGCAUUUGACUGCGCUGGCAGCAGAGAGGGAACAUGCAGUGAGGGAGGGCGGUGCGUCACCUGCUACUCUUGAUUCGUCUCAGAACAGUGCUGCCAUUUUGAGAGCACAUUUGGCAGCACUGGCAGCAGAGAGGGAGCAUGCAGUGAGGGAGGGCGGUGCGUCACAUGCGGCAUCUCAAUCCACGAGUGCCUCUCUUGAUUCUUCUCGGAACAAUGCUGCCAUUCUGAGAGCGCAUUUGGCAGCACUGGCGGCAGAGAGGGCGCAUGCAGUGGGGGAGGGCGGUGCAGCAGAAGCAGCUGAAGCAACUCAAAACAAGAGUGCCUCUCUUGGUGCUGCUCCCGUUCUGAGAGCACAUUUGGCAGCAAUAGCAGCAGAGCGGGAACAUGCUUUGAGGGAGGGCGGUGCAGCAGAAGCAGCCGUGGCAGGGCUGUCGUGCCAGCUGGCAGUCCAGCUGGCACGCGUGGAUAGGCUGGCGAGAUCGCCGGCGGGGGUUGGGGAGUGGUCAGCGGCUGGCCAAUCACCUGACCAGAGAAAUGCUUUCUCGAUGGUGCCUCAAGAGGACCCACCUGAGAAAUCACCUGAAGUAUCACUAGAUGCAGCUCUGUUGGUGGGUGGUGUGAGCGUGGAUAGGCUGACAGCGUGGCAUCAUGGCAGAGAGGCGUGUGAGCUGAGGGAGAUGGCUCUCGGAGGUUCAACGGCUGUGAUUCAUUCUCAGAGGAGGUGGGGCUUGAUCGACGGCUCAGAGUUGCCACCAGGAAGCACAGAUAGAAAAGCGCAGCGAGUUGGUGCUUCAGCCUCCCUGUCCCCCCACACAUCCUCCACUCCUCUCGCUCCUGCUCCUCCCUCUCCCGCUCCUCUCUCUCCCUCUCUCCUCUCUCCCACCCCUGCUCCCCCUCCCGCCCCUCCUCUCGCUCCCACCCUUCCUCCUUCUCCCACCCCUCCUCUCUCUCCCACCUCCACUCCCCCUCUCUCCCCCACCUCCCUCUCCCCCCACACUCCACCCUCUCCAUCCUCCAACUCUUCCCCUCCCCUCUUCCACAGCUCCUCCACCCUCCUCCCACCCGCUCCUCCUCCUCUCUUCCCCACUCCCACCACCCCUUCCGCCUUCCUCUCUCAGCUCUUCGCUUUCGGACCCAUCCGUCCCGCUCCCCUCCCUUUUCUCCCACCCCCUCCUGUCCAUUCCACCUCCUCUGACCCCUUAGCCGCUGCCUUUAAUCCCCCUCUGGCACUGGCACACCGUCCGCUUGCGCACCCUGCACCCCUCCGCCGCCUCCGGUCAGCUGGGCUGCCAGCAAGAGCCAAAGGCAGGCGCGAGGGAGCAGCUUGGGUAGAGAGGGCGCAGGAGGUAGGGGGGCAUGGGGCAGAAGCAGCAGGGGGCACAGGGGCAGGAACAGCAGGGGGGGCAGGAGCAAAAGCCUUGACACGAGCACAUAAGAGAUUAGAGAGUCAAAUCUCAUCUGAGCGGGGAGCUGCACAGCUGGAGGUCUUUGACUGGUUGUCUGAGCUGGCAGAUGACUCUCUAUCAGACGAAGAGGAGCGAACAUUCUAG